UGUAAAAGUACAAGAGGCUGAAGCACACCGGAAGUGAUGAGGGGGCUUCACACGGCGUGCGGAGCCGCUCCAACCCCUGCCGUCGCAUCUGACAAAGGCACUCACUUCCCUGUUUUGACUGUAAGAGGCCCGACAUAUUUACAAAGAGGUCACUUUCGCUUCGCGGACUUUGCUCAUGUCAGCGUAUCAGGAUGUUGGUUUGAUUCAUACGGUUUGAUCAAUUUGGAUAACCACAGUCAACAUAACAUGAACGUGGAUCUAAAUUGCUCCAACAUGUCUGUGGAUUCCCUGGCUGACAAGAUGGAGCAGGGCCCCGUCGAGUACCGCAUCGUCGGCGUGGUCUUCUACGGCUUCGUCUUCGUCAUAGGAGUCAUAGUUAACCUCACUGCCUUGUGGGUUUUUGCCUUGACCACCAAGAAGAGAAACUCGGUCACCGUCUACAUGAUCAACGUGGCACUCGUUGACCUCACCUACAUUGUGCUCCUGCCCUUCAGGAUGGUUUACCUCCACCAGGACUACUGGCCCUUUGGGGACGUGUUUUGCCGGAUCACGGCAGCUCUUACCAUCUUUUACCCCUGCAUGGCCCUGUGGCUGUUAGCGCUGAUCAGCACCGACCGCUACAUGGCCAUCGUUCAGCCGAAGCACGGCAAGGAGCUGAGAAAUGUGCCGAAGGCCGUGGUGGGCAGUUUGGGGGUUUGGAUCAUGACUCUGGGCAGCAGCGUGCCCCUGCUCUUCGCUCAGGACGAUCCCGAUCACGUCUCCAACUAUACCACCUGCAUCAAGAUGCAAGACAUCAUCUACAUGCGGCGCGAGAACGCCGUCAACUUCGUGAGGCUCAUCUUCUUCUUCCUGGUCCCCAUAUGCAUCAUGAUCGGCUGCUACGUUGUAAUCGUGGACAAUCUGAUCCACGGACGCACCUCCAAACUCAAGCCGAAGGUGAAGGAGAAGUCCAUCCGCAUCAUCAUCACGCUCAUCGUGCAGGUGCUGGUGUGCUUCGUCCCGUUCCACAUCUGCCUGGUGCUCCGCCUGCUGGGCAACGGCGAGGACGGCGGCUUCAACCCGUGGGCCGUCUUCACCACCUUCCUGAUGAACAUGAGCACGGUCUUGGACAUCAUCCUGUACUACAUCGUCUCCAAGCAGUUCCAGGACAGGGUGAUCAGCGUGAUCCUCUACAGGAACUACCUGCGCAGCGUCCGGCGAAAGAGCCGGCACACGCACACAGGAAGCCUCAAGUCGCUGAGCAACCUCACCAGCGCGAUGAUCUGAAACUCUGUGGCACAGAUACCGUGCUAAGAAUAUGCGCACUGGAUGCAACGCCGUGUACUGUUUAUGUGUAAUUACCUGAAGGAUCAAGAAACUGCAAUUAAUUUUCCAAGUGCAAUUUACACUCACAGUAUGGGAGUGCUGCUGUUGUGGCGAAAACAUCUGUGUUCAGAGCUGAUUGACUCACCCAUGAGACUUGAGUUGUUUUCCGUACCUUUUUUGUCUCUCUUUCUCUCUCUCUAUCUCUCUCUCUCUCUCUGUAAUACGUGACUGUGGCUCAGGUGUGAUGCGUGCAGGUGAAAAUAUAACUGUUUAAAACAAAGCGCGGAGUAGUCGUGAGCAAGCGUCGAAACCUCAAGAAAGCAGCAUGAAGGGGGUCUGACAUGCUCCACAGGAAGCAGCGGUGGCUUGUUAAAGUUUGAUGCUUGGCUGCUGCGCCACAUUUAAAAGGUUGUUCCUCCUCGACGUCUCAUCUCUGCGAAGGCGGAGAGAGCGAAUGAGUGAUGCGCCGUGUCAUCUGUCUGCUAUGCAAAUACGCCAUGUGCGUUUGACUUCUGCCAUUUUGAGUUUGUUGAGUGUAAGACCGACCACUUGAGACAGGGUGCAAUUUCCACACACACACUCACAGUCCUGACAGUAAAGGUUGUUCCAAAGGUUGCUUUAGCUGAAGCGACCAGGUGAUGGCAGCAUGGCACAGCUCAGACUCCAUCCACCUGCCAGAGCUCCACAUACCCGCCAGAGCUUUUAGAAAACUUUCGCAAAAAGGACAUCUAAGCAAUGUUUUCUCCAGCGCUUCACCCAAAACAUUUACCUUCCUUAAAUUUAGAUUCAUAAAAGCAAUAGUUCAUCUUUUUUUUUUCCCCCCCAGUUAACAACAGUCAUAACAGCUUCCUCAGCUAGGAAUCUGACUAAGGCGUAUUUAUGGUGCAAUGUGAAAAGUAUUGAUUAGGUGUUAAAUGAUUUAGUUGCUUGGAGUGCAUUUACAGUAACAUGCUCAGGAGAUGUCAGGGAGGCUAUUUACAAGAUUUACUGCAACCUUAACUUUUAAACAGAGAACCUUUUUUUUUCAGCACAGGGACGUUUCAUUUUCAGGUUUCUGCAAAAUGUGCAUUUUACUCCAAAAUAUCUUUCUCAGACAAAAACUCUGAAUUCAGAUAUGAUAUGAGAAGAGGCUUGGAGAUAUCACAAAAUACACAUUUUUAAAUGUUAGGAUUAUUAUUAUUAUUAUUUUUUUUUUUUUUUU